CUGGAAGUUAGCAGUCGUCGCCUUCGUAGAGUCAAUUUCACUUUAAUUAAAUACGAUAAGAAAAGUUUUCCCAUAUUUUUCUCUAGGAAAAAGUGUGUGUUUUUAUUCUUCUUCGUAUUUGAAACAUUUAUUUUCAGUGAAGUGCUGUGUGGAUCACGAUUUGGUAUAUGUAAGGGCAGACAGUGUACCGGUUAGCGGCUUUAUUGACAUAUGACUGACAUCGCUUCAAGAUGACAGAUCACAGUCUGAAGCUGCCCACGCGCAAUGUCCUGACCGGGGCCAUAGUGAAUUGGGACGACGACGAGAUGGGGGUCCUCGGAGACAACCCUGAGAACCUUACGCUGUCGUGGAAGGACCUCUCCGUGUACAGGAAGAAGAAGACACAGACUAGCAUAUGGAGGUCGCCGGUGUAUGAAGAAGUCAAGGUUCUGCACGGAGUGAGCGGCAUAGUGUCAUCUGGGAACUUAGUAGCGCUAAUGGGAUCCAGUGGAGCAGGCAAGACAACGCUGCUGGCUGCCAUCAGCCGUCGCGACAAGAGCGCGAUGACCGGCUACCUGAUGCUGAACGGCAGACUGACGGGCGCCAACCUGAUCGCCAAGAUAUCGGGCUUCGUACCGCAGCAAGACCUGGCUAUAGAAGACUUGACAGUAUCCGAACACAUGGAGUUUAUGGCUCGUCUCAUGAUGGAUAAACGUUCUACCAAGAGCAUCCGCUCCCGCCGCAUCCAGCAGCUCCUGGGCGAGCUCGGUGUCGUGAACUGCUCCGUCACCAAGCUGAAGGCACUAUCGGGCGGCGAGAGGAAGAGGGUCUCUCUCGCUGUACAGUUGUUGAAUGACCCCCCGAUCCUGUUCUGUGACGAGCCUACGACUGGCCUGGACAGUUGGGCCGCGGCGGCCGUGGUGGCGCGCCUGCGCAAGCUGGCGGCGGGCGGCAAGGUCGUCGUCUGCUCCGUACACCAGCCCGCCUCUGGGGUCUUCGAGCUGUUCCACAGGGUCGUGCUACUGGCCAACGGAAGGACUGCCUUCCAUGGCACCAUCGAAGAGGCCGAUCAGUUCUUUGCGUCGUUGAACUUCAAAUGUCCAGUGGGCUUCAACGCGGCUGAAUACUACGUGUCCCUGCUAGGCAUCCAGAUAGACAAAGAGAUGGAGAGUAGGGAGCGGAUCAAACGCAUCUGCGACGAGUACCAGCGCUCGGAGAUAGCUGCCGACAUCGAAAGCCGAGUCGGCGACGUCAAAGACGAAGUGGAGUACUUUAAUGGCACCUCGGAUAGUAAGAACGAAAUCUUCGAUCGCUACUUAACUCUAGUCAAAGUGAAUUUCUUCGUCCAGUUUUACUGGUUGAUGUGGAGAAACAUACAGCAAAUGAAACACAAUAGCACAAUAUGGAUAGCGGAAUUUCUUCUACUAAUGUUUGUAGGUCUAAUAAUCUCCAUUCCCUACAUGGGACAUUUCGAGGAGCUCGACCAGCGCGACAUCCAGAACGUGGAAGGUCUCCUGUACCUCACCAUCACGGAGACCAUAUUCCUCUUCAUCUACGCUGUGUUCAUCACCUUCCCUAGCGAGGUGCCGAUACUCUUGAGAGAGACGGCCAGCGGAUUGUACUCGCCAGUGCCUUACUACUUUUCUAAAAUGAUAUUUUGGAUACCCCGCGCGGUGAUCGAACCAACACUGUUCGCGUCUCUGAUAUUCGGCGUGGCAGGUCUCCACGGCGGCUUCACGGGAUGGCUGGGAUUUUGCUUCGUCUGCAUUCUCUGUGCCAAUUACGCCAAUGCUUAUGGCUCUGUUUUAUCAGCGUCAUUCGACAGUAUGGAGACCGCUGCCCUAGUGUCGGUCCCCGUCGACUUGAUCGGUACCAUGUUUUCCGGUAUCUACCUGAACUUGGCCAGUGCUUCUAAAUACUUCGCGUGGCUACGCUUCAUCUCAGGAUUUUAUUACGGUGUCGAAUCCAUCUCGAUUCUUCAGUGGGACUCGAUCGAGUCCAUAACUUGUGUAAAUAUUCCAGGAGUGCCUUGCAUUAAGACCGGCUCCGAAGUUUUGAGCCGAUUCGGUUAUGAAGAAUGGCAUUUCUGGAGGAACUGCGUUUGUUUAGGAAUCAUGUAUUUUGUAUAUCAUUUUAUUGCGCUUAUCAUGGUCAUAAAAAGAAGCAGAGGUACGCCUGUAUAUUAAUGAAUACUUACAUUAAUUUAUAAUCCAAUUUCGGAAUAUUUGAAUUUGACAUUUUAUACGAGUAUUUUACACUCGAUAAGAUAGUUUUAAUGACAAAUGUUUUAUAUUUGUCUUAGAAGAUUUUUAACGAU